AUUUCCCCAACCUUGGAGUCUCAUGAAACCUAAGUCUCUUCAGGCGUAGAGGGGCCAUACUCUUUUGGCAUCCCAAGGAAUAAAAAAAACCUCUACUUGAUUAUUAAUCCCAAUCCCAUAAAGCAAAGGGACCGACCCAUUUCAAGUCAACCGAUUAAAGGCAAAGAGGAUGGAUGGCAGAUGCAAACAGGAACAGGAGCCAAAAUGGGUCUGAGAAUUAUCCAGUGCGCCCUUCCCCGCCAAACCGUAAGAGUGAUCCAACCAGACGGCCAAAUCAGGCAAUUUCUCUUACCCAUUACAGUUUCAGAGCUCCUUAUCUUACAUCCUCAUCACUAUGUUAGCCAAGCUAAAGCUAAGGCGGCCACUGGUAAGAGAAAAUCAGCCAUUCUGCCCCUUGACACCCAUCUAGAGAGUGGGGGAAUCUACAUUUUGCUUCCUCUGCCACGCCUCUUCCCCUGUUCUUCUUCAUCCUCCUCUUCUUCUUUCCCCUUUUCUUCUUCCUCUUCUUGUACUUGUUUUCAGGAGCUUGCUUUUCUACAUUCUGGAUUUGUGCUGAAGCGCCCCUGGAGCAUUGUGAGCCCCUCUGGACAAGGGCCCCUGAAGAUAUCAGAGGGCGGGACUGUUGUGGGUGUGAAGCCCAGGAGGCUUUGGGAGCCUGCGCUGGAUGUGAUAAUGGAGAACCGCCUGCUGUUGCAGACCAAGGAGGAGGAACUCUCUGCACUCAAGAAGAAGAACAGAGACAAGGCUAAAAAUGGUCUUCAAAAGGGUGGGGACAAGAAGGGCUGGAUCUUUCAUGCAAAAGGGAUUAAGUCCUGAGAAUUGUUUUGGGGAUCUUUAUUCCUGGGAAACAAAGGAACCCACUGAAGAUUAUUUGUUGGUAAUGCUGGUUUUCACAGGAAUCUGAGGCGGUUUGUUUCUCUGUAUGCAAGUUAAAAUUCUUGGAAUUUGAUUAACAGUAUGUGGGUUGUAGCAGUGUAAAAUUGUAGUCAACAUACUGGAUUUUUAGUGGGUGGGUUGAGAAAUCAAGGAUUUAAAUGGCCCAGACCCACAUUAUACAGGUGGGCCGUUCUUGUGAGUGCUCUGUUGCUGUCAGUAACACUGUAUGUGUUUUGAUGUAUGAUGAUGAUCAUGCUGCACACUGAGCUUCAAGAAUGAUUCUUUGUGCAUCAAUGGAGAUCCAGCCGCUAUUGGGGCUCUCUCCUCUGUGUUUUUCAGGCAGCAGACAUGGCUUACAGAUGUAAAGCCCAACUGGAUUGAUAUCCUUUCUCCAAAUUCUAAACAAAUUAGACAAGAAUUCUUGCUGUUUA